UCCAUAGGGACACUGAGCAAUUUAUAUAUAACAAAAAGGAAAAAAGAAGAAAAUUAGCUUCGUUUCUCUCUUCUCUCUCCGAAAUGACGAACUACAACGCGAUUCCGACGUCGUCUCAUCCAUCACCGGCGAUAGAUCUCGAAUACAUCUCACGCGCCAAACACCGUAUAAAAUCCGGUCUGGCCACGCGCCGGCCAUGGAAAUCGAUGUUCGAUUUCGAAUCAAUGACUCUCCCACACGGUUUCUUCGACGCGAUCUCGAGAAUCAAAACGAAUCUCGGCUAUUUCAGAGCUAAUUACGCCAUCGGAGUUCUCUUCAUCCUCUUCCUAAGCCUUCUCUAUCACCCAACGUCGUUAAUCGUGUUAUCAAUCUUGGUCGUCUUCUGGAUCUUUCUCUAUUUCCUCCGUGACGAGCCUCUUGUGGUUUUCGGUUAUCAGAUUGAUGAUCGGACGGUUCUCAUUGGUUUAUCGGUUUUCACGGUUGUGAUGCUUUUGUUGACUCACGCUACGUCGAAUAUUCUGGGAUCUUUGUUAACCGCCGCCGUGUUGGUUCUGAUUCAUGCGGCGGUUAGAAGAAGUGAUAAUUUGUUUCUUGAUGAAGAAGCUGCGGCGGUUUCUGAAUCUUCAGGGCUUAUGUCAUACCCUUCGUCAUAAUUACCAAAUUUGUUGUGCUUGUUUUUUGUUUGUUACUGAUCAUUUUGGUGUGAUUUGAGAAAACUUGAGUAUAUGUUUUGUUGGUUAAUUUACUCUUUAUUACUA